AUGGGUAAAGGAGGAAAGAGUGAUCGCUUAAAUGUUAAAGAAGAAAACAUGGUUGCUUGGCUUGUUUCCACCAACACCCUCAAGAUCCAACCCUUUAAGCUUCUACCUCUUGGGCCUUAUGAUGUUAGAGUAAGAAUGAAAGUUGUUGGUAUAUGCAAUAGUAAUGUUCAUUAUCUCAAGGCAUUAAGAUGUGCAUAUUUUAUGGUGAAAGAACCAAUGGAUAUCGGAUAUGAAUGUGCUGGUGGGAUUAAAGAAAUUCUGAGCAAUGUGAAUGAUCUUGUCCCUGUUGAUCGUGUAGCUCUUGAGCCUAGAAUUAGCUGCUGGAGAUGUACACAAUGCAAAGAAGGCCAAUACAAUCUUUGCCCAGAUAUGAAAUUUUUCGCCACUCCUCCCGUCCACGGAUUUCUUGCCAAUCAGGUGGUGCAUCCAGUGGAUUCAUGUUUCAAACUGUGGCGGGGUAGGAAAUUCAUCAAAAGCUUCAACCUUCCAUCGAUACAGUCAAGGCGAUACAGAGUUCAGAAGUUCGAUCAUGUUCAUGUUGAUACUAUGAAUGGUCCUCUACAAGACAAUGUUGCUACUAUAGGAGAUGUUCCCGAACCAACCUAUAUCUCGGAUGAUCCUCCUUUAAAGUUUAUGAUUGUUGCAGGUGUUCCUUCCCCAGUUUUCGAUGAUGAAGUCUCAGAAGAAAUCAUACUCUCUUUGUCCUCGAAAUCUUCAGAUGAAAAAGAUGAACUUGAUCAAAAUGAUGUUGUUCCUCCUCCUUCAGAAAAACCAUUAGAAGGUCAUCAAGAUUCUCCUACUCAAUAA